AUGACAGAGGACACCUCGCCAUAUGCCUUUGGUCAAACAGACAGCAUUGUCGAGCAGUUCAGUAAACGAACUGUCAAUAACUCGGCUGCGUAUCUCAAAGGUUCGCUCGAGUCACAUAUGAAGAUCCUAGACGUUGGCUGUGGGCCUGGCACUAUCACGAUAGACCUAGCGAGGCACGUACCUCUCGGGCACGUCACAGGCAUCGACACGGAGUCAGCGAGCGCGACUCUAGACAAAGCUCGUGCACAGGCCGCGAACGAAGACGUACAGAACGUCGAAUUCCGCGUCGCCGAUGGUCUCGCGCUGCCGUAUGCCGACCACACCUUCGACGUAGUGCACGCCCAUCAAGUCCUGCUGCAUGUCAAUGAUCCAGUUGGUCUCCUCACUGAGAUGCGACGAGUUACGAAGCCAGGGGGCAUUGUCGCUUGUCGCACAUGGGAUGAUGGCACUAUGAUGGUCUACCCACACAGCGAGAGGAUACUACAGACGCACGGCCUAUACCAGCGUGUGAUGGAGGAGUGGGGUCGCAACUUGAAAGGAGGGCGCUACAUGCACGUCUGGGCGCGUAAGGCUGGCUUCAAGCCGUCUAACAUCAAGGUUACGUCGAGCAACUACACGAACUACACGCCUGCGGAGCGCAGAUAUUGGGCGGACAUGAUGAUCAGUGUGUUGAAGGAAUCGCCGAUCAGGGCGGCGGCGCUGGAAAAGGGGUACGCAACAGCAGACGACUUCGAGGCGACGAAGGCGGCGUGGGAGGAGUGGGAGGCCAACGAGGAUGGGCUGUGCGUAGGUGUCAACGAAGAAGUCUUGUGUAGGGUGUAG